AUGGCGGUCGAGGAUAAUGCAAAGAGAAUCGAGGAAGCCCGCAAGAAUGCCAAAGAGCAUCCGGAGCAGAGUGAGGCUAUCUUCAAGGACAUCCUCUCCAAGCCGCCUGGUUCAAACGACAAGGCUGUCCGCGAGUUCGAGAAUGCUUUGAUUGGCCUGGGAGAGCUGUACCGUGACCACAAGCGAACACAGGAUCUAGCUACACUCAUUCAAGAAACGCGAGAUGUGCUCACCAGCUUUGCGAGGGCGAAGACUGCGAAGCUCGUUCGCCAGCUGCUCGACCUCUUCCACGCGAUACCCAACACCACCGACAUUCAAAUCGACGUCACAAAGUCAUGCAUCGAAUGGGCUGUCUCGCAGCGUCAAGGCUUCUUGCGCCAAAACCUCGAAGUCCGACUCGUUGCUCUUCACAUGCAGAAACAGUCAUACUACGACGCUCUUACACUCAUCAACAGUCUGCUCAAGGAGCUAAAGCGAUUGGAUGACAAGCUCGUGCUGGUGGAGGUCCAGCUGCUGGAGAGCAGAGUAUAUCACGCGCUAGGAAAUGUCCCCAAAGGCAGAGCGGCGUUGACGAGUGCACRAACAAGCGCCGCUUCAGUCUACACCCCACCUCUGCUCCAGGCCGGAUUGGACAUGCAGUCGGGGCAACUGCACGCAGAAGAUGGAGAUUUCAACACUGCUUUCUCGUACUUCAUCGAAGCGAUGGAAGGUUACCACACACAGGAGGACCCGGUCAAGGCCACGUCCGCUCUUCAGUACAUGCUUCUGUGCAAGAUCAUGCUCAACCUCAAGGAUGAUGUUGACACACUCAUGACCUCGAAGCACGCCAUCCGCUAUGCUGGUAAAAACUUGGACGCCAUGAAGGCUGUGGCACGCGCACACAACAACCGCAGUCUGGAAGAAUACGAGCAAGCCCUCCACGCAUACCGCUACGAGCUUGGAAGCGAUCGGUUCAUCGCAUCGCACCUCCGUCGUCUCUACGAUAGCAUGCUGGAGCAAAACCUCAUCAAGGUCAUCGAGCCUUUCUCGCGCGUGGAGAUCAGCCAUAUCGCGCACAUGGUCGGAUUAGACGUCGUACAGGUGGAGCGGAAGCUAAGCCAGAUAAUUCUCGAUCGGGUCAUUAUCGGUGUUCUUGAUCAGGGAAGCGGUGUGCUUGAGGUGUUUGAGGAAGCGGAGCGAGAUACGGGUUAUGAUGGUGCGCUCAACUCGAUCGACAAGCUGGGUAACGUGGUGGACAUGCUCUUCGCGAACCAGGCGAGUCUGCUGGAGUAA